GUCCAGUGGGCGAGGGACGAGCCGUGCUGUGGGUGCGCGGUGGAGACGGUCGCGCCGAGUCGUCCCCGUUGCUGUGCAGUGAUCAGAGUUGAACGGAGCACGGUCGCUAGAUUACUGAGGAGCUGUGGAGCGGAUCACUUGGGCCAGACGCAAUGGGGUCAGACGUUCUGUACGGCUCUCGAAGAUUUGCGACCUCCCUCUACCUCUCUUCUGUGCUGCUGAUCAGUGUGCUGGGCGACGACCAGCCGGCGGGCAGCUGGGACGGCAGCACGGCCACGCUGCCUCAGCCGGACCCGUCCGAGUUUGGUGGGGCCCUGGAGAAUGUGACCGUGCAGACCGGCGACACGGCCCACCUGCCCUGCUCGGCGGCCGUCGGAGGCGACAGUCCCGUAUGGAUACGUCGCAAGGACUACCACAUCCUGACCGGCGGCAAGGCCAACUACAUCACCGACCAGCGCUUCCAGGUGCUGCACAAGGCUGACACCACCGAGUGGACGCUGCAGAUCCGCUUCGUCGAAGCGGGCGACCACGGGACCUAUGAGUGCCAGGUAUCGUCCGGCUCCGGGUACGUGUCCCGAUUUGUACAUCUGCAUGUGUACCAGCCGGUGGCGACCAUCACGAGCGGUACAGAGUACCACGUUCAGAGGGGUACCACUAUCCAGUUGGUCUGCGUCGUGGAAGGGAGUCUUCGGCCGCCGAGUUUCGUAUUCUGGUACCACGAAGAGGACGUGAUCAACUACGACAAACAGCGGGGAGGCAUCACGGUGGAGACAGAGUCUCCCGAGAAGACCUUCAGCAAGCUGACUAUCACAAACGCCAAGAGGCAGGACUCGGGCAACUACAGCUGCAAGCCAUCCAACGCUGAGCCCGUCUCCGUGCACGUCUACGUCUCACAAGGAGACAAGAUAGCCGCCAUUCAAGGCAAGGGCAGCGUGGCAGCGGCGACGUGGAGGGAGCGGCCUUGGCUAGGCCUGCUGCUGUCCGUGGCCCCCGCCCUGGUCUCUCUGGUCACCAGGUGACAUGGCUAGAGGACCCAACGCGCCCCGAGAGAGUAUCCCCCGCGGGAAGUUCGGCCAGUCUGGCUGUCUGGCUAUUUGUCUGUCUGUCUGAUGGUCUGGCGGACAGUUUUCUGUCCGUUUUGGUAUUUGAGCACGAGUGGAGUGUUGUCCGAUCAAUAAAAACACUUCUGAGUGCAGAGCUAUCGCGGAAUCGCAAUAGGAACAUCGCGGUAAAAUCGAGAUAAUGUCGCAAUGACAACGUGUAACAGUGGGACCUCAGUGAUGGGCGGCCACGCCUAUGCUGUGAGACUACUACUCAAAGCUGUGGAACUAGCAAGCUCUGAGGCCCAACUACGGGACUAACGAGUACUCCGGGCCAGCUGUGGGACUAGGGAGCGCUGAGGUGCCGCUAUGCGUGGGACCUGCGCAGUCAGAGGAGUCGCCCGUCCGUACUUGGAGUCGACCCAGUGACCUCUGAAGGACCUGAGAAGAGCUGUGACCGGCCGGCUGGCCUCACAGACUGAACAGACAGUGAUUGUAUCAGAUGUGAUGAUGUCAGCGCAAACUACAGACUCCACUGGCGAUGAUCAAUCGAUUGGAUCUUCACCGUGCGUCCAUGUGUGUGUCUGUCUGCAUGUGUAUUCAUGCGUGUGAGUGUUUGUGUGUAUGUGUGCUGAUGAUUGUUUGCUGAUGUGUUUGGAUGCUCAUGUGUAAGAGCCCGUCGCUGAUGUGGUGCUAUUCGGCGCCGCUGGACGUCCGCUGUGUUCCGGUCGUUAGUGAUUGGUGCCCCCUCCGGUGACGGUGAUGAUCCCUCUCUUCUCUCUCCUGCUCUCUCCGUGUCCUACUCUCUCCCUCCCCGUCUCCCGCCGCGGCUCAGCAGUAUGCUCCACGCGCAGUGGUCCGGAAGAGGACCAGACUGACGAGCCGAACACAUCCCGUGUGCUGCUCGCUGAUCAGGGGAGCGAGCUGUUUUGAACGGGUGAUUAGGUGAUAGUCCGUGGGCGAUGUGUUCUCACUCCGGCUGGAGCGUGUGAUGUUUUAUGGGCAGGGUCCAGCCAAACUGGUGCUGAACGCUUGUCUCGAGGCUUAUGUGGAUGUGUGUUAUAUCGUACAAAAUGUUACGAAGAGCUGAAUGGAAUCGUGUCAUUAUGAAUGUUCUACAUAUUGAGACGUUGGCGUUGCUGUUUCAAAAUUCAUAUUCCUGGAAUAA